CCCUCAGCCCAAAGGUGAAUCUUAUAUCUGAACCUGAGGGCUGAGCAGGGGCUGCUGGAGGGAGGCUUCUCCCAGCUGCCUGCUUGGGCUGUUCCCACUUUACUUUGAUGCCUAAAAUGCCACAUGUAUAUCUCUGGAUAUUUCUUUUUUUAAACAAGUCAAAAACCCUUUGUUUCAGAAUGGAGUCUCAGAGGGAACUGUGCAUUGUGAACUCCUAUUUUUCCUCGUGCUCUUGGGGAAAUGCAGCUCAGAGCCUUCCCGCAUGCAGGGCAAUGAAGAAUGCCUGUUGUUGUAUGAAGGUGCCUCUGUCUGGGUUUGGAUCCAGGCUUUGAGUCUGGGUGCUGCUGCUAGCAUGCAGCAGGGUCAGGCAGGGCUUCUCCUGUACUGUAACAGCAGCUUGCAGUUCACCUGUCAGUGCUUGUGCAGCCUUCCCUGUAGUGUUCUUUUGGGCUUUUGAGUGCUUCCACAGCCAUCCUUGAUCGCCUUCUGGGGAGAGCCUCUGCCUGGGGUGCAGCCGGUGCCACUGAGCGAGGAAGAAGCUCCUGAGCUGGCAUCAUGUGUGGUCAUAAAGAAUGUCAACAGCUUCAUGGGCAUGAUGGAUUUUGCAGCCCGUAAAGCAGUUUUAGAGCUCUCGCGUGGCUAUUAGAGGUGACCUGUGCAGGUUUCAUGGCAGAGGAGCCAGAAGUGGGUUACAGAGGGUGAGGGGUGCGGGUGCAGGGCUGGUGCUGCCUGUGCUGGGGCCGGGUGCACCGCAGGUGCUCCAGGAUGGUAGAGUGGGCACCAGGGGAACAGGAUGGGCAAAGGGUUGAAUACUUUGUUUUCCUCAUGUGAAACUGCAGCAUCCUGGGUGUGCUGGAAAAUGGUUUCAGAAAAGCAACUCUCUCUUUGAAACACAUUCAUUUUCUUGAAGAGUGUGGCAUGCUGAGAGCUCUCCCUCCUGCCUGUCCGUGGUGGGAGCACAAUUGCUGUCCUCUGACCCAGCAAAGUGUACAGAAAGGCAAAGAUGGCCCUGGAGUGAUCUCCACAGCUGAUGGAGCCAUUGAAGGAGGCAGCAGCUGAGCUGGGCACAGCACCGUGCUGCCCGUGAGCCUGGUCCCAGCCAUGGUGCAUCCCUCCUGCUCACAGGAGCUGUGCUGGAGCAGGGGUUGUGCAGGCUCUGUGCAGGCCUUGUUGGAGCGGCCUUUAAGCUCGCUGUCAUGUGAGGUGAUGAGUAUUAGAAAUUACUCUUCUGCAGUGAAAUGAAGCACCUUCCAUGCUGGAAGCAGGGCUGUGGGGUAACGCACAGUGCUGUUGGAGCUUCGUGUGCUGCUGUGCUGCCUCAGGACUUGUGUGGCCUGAUGCAGCACGCGGCUUCCCGGCAGACCAGCGCAGCAGAAAAACGCCGCUUAACAUGGCUGCAGACCAUAUGUCCAUAUAUACCAAUGUGGUAUGCAAAUGAAAUUCUUACUGAAGAACAUUCCUUGUGAGUUUGUUAUCCUUCAAGUUUCAAAAUGAGACAAAAAAAUGUGCUUAUUCCAUAAAACUGUGGGACUGCUUUGGAUGUGGACUUUGAAGCUGCUCUGAAAUACAUUUGGGCUUACUGAGAUCUGUUUGGUGCUGAAGGAGGCCCUGAAGAGCUGCGUCUUCUGACACCAAGGCAUCCUGCACUGGAGCACAGUCUCUGCAUCCCCAGGAUAAAGAAACGCCGCUAAGCCCUCCCAGGUUUGCCCCGCGUGUUUUCAGGCAGCCUCACUGACUCUGUAAGCAACAAAUGCACAGUGAAAUUGCUGAUUGCAAGCAGAGGUUUGCUGCGGAGGUCUGAGUGGAGAAAGGCCUUGUGCCUCAUCAUUUUCAGCUUCAGAUGACUCUGGCUUGUGGCCAGCCUUGCUCUCAGUGCAGCCCCAGGCACACAGCAUGGUGCUGGGAGCCGGUGCCUGUGGCUCCUCCUGGCUCUGUGGUGUGGCUGCUGACCAGUUUGGCACAGGAUGAUGCCAGAGCUGCAACCUCGGUAAUUCCACACGGCUCCUACUAACAGAGCUUCUGUUACAUGUCUGCUCAAACAACCACGUGCUUCACUUCUCUGGUUCAGAGCUGCUGUAGGAGCCAGAAAGGAUGGAGCUGUGGAGCCCUUGCCUGGCAAGUUUUGGCUCACUGGUGGAGUACUGCAGGGCUGAGGUGGGAGCUCCCCAAGGGCGGCAGCACAGAGCAACUGCAGGAGCUGUAGUGGUGCAGUGGGCGCUGCAGAGUGCAGCUCCUACUUCCAAGAGUGCCUGGGUGUUGGUUGGCAUCUUUGCUGCUGCAUGCGGGAAUGGAUGUUGGGUACUGCUGAGUACCUGCUGCUCCAGAACAUGCCAGCUCUGCUUUGCCCAGGUGCUUCUUAUUCUCCUUCUGCAGGCUGGGUGCAGCAGUGUGCAUCUCCUAACCGGACAUCGAGUCAUGUUGCUGCUGCAUGUGAGAGUGGAGUGUGUUGCCCAGCCUGUGCAUCGGUUGCAGAUUGCACUUGGCGAUGGGUGCGCGCUUGUGUGUGUUUUGUUUGCCCUGUGUGAGGCUGUCAGCAGAUGGUGUUCAGUGGGCAGGAACCUGGGUGUGGAGACAUUGUGUGGUAGAAAGUUUGGGAAGGCACUUUGGCAGUUGUGCCAGGAUCCCCUCCUGUCAUGCAGUGGGACAUAGGCAAUGGCAAUCUGUCUGUCCGUCAGGUGCAGUCCUGGCAGCAGCCCCAGCAACAGUUUUGGCUUUGUCCUAGUGAGUCCUUGUGCUUCCUGGGGCUCUCCCUGCCUGCUGUGGUCUCCUAACGUUGUUUUGUGACUGUGGCAGCACAGAUGUGUCAGCAUGCUGUCUUGGUGCUGCACGGUGUGUCGCAGCCAAGGCUCUGUGCCCUGCAGGCUGCAGCCCAGGUGCCUUGUGAGUGUUGUGACAGGGUCUAGCCUGGGGCCUCACCCUGUUACCAUUGUUGCCUUCUUCUCCAGACCUACCUGAGGCAUUUCUGAAAUGCGUGUUCAGUUUUCUUCAGUAGCUGUGCACAGUGCAGUGGGUUUUGGAGCAGGGAAGAUAUGUUUCUUUCUGGCUUUACAAAUCUGGGCCAUCUCCAGUUCUCCGUGCCUCUGCAUUCAGUGUAUUUUCAACACUCCUUUUCACUUUUUCCCGGUGCUCAUCUUGAGAAUCUAUUCUCCCGUUUCUAAGGGGCACUGCCAUGCGGGGAUGUGCUCUGAUGGAGCUGUGUGCACGGAGCUGAGAGGUGAUCGCUCCCUGUACGAGCCAAAAUAGGUUUGUGCUGGCAGAUCGGAGCACUGUGUGUGUCUGCAGGAUGCUUGGAGCUCGUGAACCUCAGCCUCCGCACUGGGAAAGUCAGUCCUUCAACUGCAGAACAGAUCCUGGCCACUCAUGUGAGGAGCCCAGAGAGGGGAAGGGCACACGGCCACUGCUUGGUCUUGGGGUGGUGUUGGCUCAGAUGUGGAAAUUGCCGAUCGUGUUUCUGGUUUGUGCACAAAUGCUUCAGCUCUUGGAGAGGCAUAAGCAGGUGUGCCAGGAAGUGCAGGUGUGAUGUGGGGUCAGACUGGUGUAAGGGAUGUUGUGCUCUUGCAAAACAAUAAGAAUAAAUACCAGGGAAGAUGCUGGUAACCUGAUGUGCCCCAAAUUGUGUAACUGCAGACGUCUCUGCUCGCAGCAGAUACUUUGUAAAGGCUGUGCCACCGCGGGAUGGGCUGCUCGCAUAGCGGGUCAGCACAGCUCUUGGCGCCGCUUUGCUGCUCUCUUCAGAUACAACCGGACAGCUUCGAGCGCCCGGCAGGACCUGCUGUGCUGCGGGAGAUGCCUGGCCUGGGGUGGCCAUGCCUGCUGGGCUGGCAGCACUGCUGUGACACUCGUGGGCGCAAAAGGCAGAAAAACUUGAGCGCAAAGUGAGAGCUGCCAUUUGUGAUGGUGGCAGUAAAGCUGAAUCUAGUAGCCUGGAGCCCUUAGAUGAGGCGUAGUGAGAACAUGUUGAUCUCCAUAUGAAAACCGUAAGCUCAUUUAGAAAAUUGGGCUGCCUCUAUUGAGAUUAGAGUUUCUCUUUAAUCUGCAAAUACUUAAUUAGCAUGGAAAUGGCUAGCUAAAUGGGGCUGGCAGCGUAUACAUCCACAUGCCAGAGUGGUGGUGCUCCUUGGCAGGUGGUGGUGAAGCUCCAAGGCCAGGCGAGGCGCUCAGGCAGCAGAAACUUUAGAGCACGAGGCCAUGCACAGAGGCGGCCCUUACCUCCCCUCCAGUUUCGCCCUGGCGGGUGAUGGUGGGUCCAUGGGAUUGUUACCAAAAACUGUAACCAAGAAAACUCUCCAAACCUAAUGAUAGUUUAGAAAGCUGAAACUGGAUUGUUGCAGUGCUGGGUGCGCGGGGAUCUCACCACAAAGCAUGCACACCCCAGAGCUAAAUCACCCUCAUUAUGUACAUCUAAGUCUCUGAAUUUAAGUCUUUGGUAUCAGAACAUUUGGAACAUGUGUCAAUGGCAGCUCCCUGGUGUUUGGACUCACAUGUGGCUGCUGUGGCUCUGGUCAAUGGCCAGCUCACACAGCCAGGAGCGCAUCAUGCCUGUUGCUGCAGGACCUGCAAGGACCAAGGGGACAGACUCCUGAGUGGGCAGCUCUGAGUGUCAGGAGACCAAGCACUUCUGCUGAUGCUGGCAGUGACUUUGCUGGGCUUUUCCUUAUGCUGGAAGGGCUUUGCUCUUUGUCAGAACUGAUAUCUCUGUUAAAGCUGUCUCCUCUGGGACUAAUGAGCAUCUCAGCUUUGAUUUUCCAAGACAGAUGUAUACACUGGCUUCAGUGCUGUGGAAAUCAGCUGGGUGUUUUGUAGGGCUGGUGUUGGGUAUCUGCUGAAAUCAAAAGCCAGGGCAUAGCAGACCUGAGUGUGGGCUUGGGACUGCUCCUGAGUGUGGCAUGGGCUUGAUCAGCACAGCUCUGUCCUGUGGCUGUGGCCUGUGGGGACAGCACCUGGGCUGUCUCCAUGCCAAGGUGCGUGCCCCUCGUGCUUUGCAACAUUGGUCACAGAGAAAUAUUCAGUGUCCCCUCCUGUCCCUGUGCCCAUUCAGAGCCUGCCAGCAACAGGCCAGGCCCUUGCCGGCCACUGCUGUGUGCCAGUGCUGCUGGCUGUGGCCAGCACGGGGCUGGGCUGCUGCCAUGCUUCCUGCUGCCCUCCGGGUUUGGGGCUGCCUGUGCUCUGCCAUGCCAUAGUGAGCUGCAGGAGUGCUUUUUGGUGCUAACUUUUCCCUGGGAAAAGUUGCUUGUGGAAACUGUGUACGCAUACUGUGCAUGCAGCAGAGUCUGCCUGCUCUCUGGGGAAAUGAGACAUCAGGAAUGGGCAGCCCCAAGCAGUGCUGGGGUGAUGCUGGAGGGGGGCUGGGCUAGUGGGAGGUCAGGGUUGAUAGCAGCAGGGCCCAGCCUCCAGUUGGGCUCUGGAGCAGCGACUGACUAUGUGGGCAUCUUGCACGUCACUUCCUGGCAUCCCCCUGCUCUCAUGUUCAGCUGUUGGCACCGCCUGUGUCUAAAGGAAGCUGUACAGAAAGUGGAGAUCGUGCUGGUACAAAACUAAGCGUGUCUGAUCCGUAAUGUAUCGUGUUUGUUUUAUUUAAAUCAAAGAACAUGAAGAGCAAGAAGAGAGUGCUAGUGCCUUCAAGAGUUGGAGAGCCCAAAUCCAUCUUCUGGGCUACCUUGAAAGAAAAUCUGUGAAGGAGGAGCUGGGAAGCAGAGCAAGGACUAAAAGCAUCUCCAGUCUGGGGAUGUAGACCGGUGCAGUUUGAUGGUGAAGAGUGGUCAACUGAGAGCGUUGGAGCCUCCUGCAGCUCAGAGGCCUCUGAAAGCUGAACCUAUCACAGAUUUUAGCAUUUCUUGCUCUGAGCAAACCCUUGGGUUGGAGCUGCUCUUUACAGGAUUGUUUUGAACUGCAAUGGCUGCUCAGCGUGAUACUUCUGCCUGAGCCUUCAUGGGCAGCUGUGCAUGUCUGCCCAGCCUCCUUGUCCUCUGGGCCUUCUGGGCCAUGUCUUGGUGGACAUAUGAUUCUGACAGACUUGGCUGUAAGGCACGGAGAAUUUCUGUACCAUCCUCUCCAGAUGUCAUCAAAAUCCUCCCUGCUCAGCUGGUGGCACUUGGAUGCCUUUAUUGGCACCAAGCUUGGCUUCCCCAUGGUAAAUACUGGCCUGGUCUUUGCUGCAUAGCCAGGAUGGGAGUUGGAAGCCUUUGGUGGUUCUUCCUGGUGUGGCAGGGUUGAGCUGAGGAGUCUGGGAAGGACCAACAUCACCACAUGGGAUUGAUCUCCUUGGAUGCCUCCCACACUGGGCUCUUGCUCUGGGAGGAGUCCCAGCAGACCAAAGGAGAGCAGUUGCUGUGGGUUUUGGUAAUGUCUUUUGCCAGCUUGGAGCCUGUGCUGGGCAGGAAGGCUCAGCAUGGGUGAGGGGAAGGAUCAAUGGUCUGUGGUGAGCCUGUGUGCCGUACUGUGUGGAAUGGGGUUUGUGCUAUAUGGGAGGCAAAUGAGACACAUGCUUGUGGAAUUUGUGUCUUAAAUGCUUGUCAAAUGUUUCUGGGCUCCUUGGCUCCCAUUCCUGGUGCUGUGGGAGCAGACAACUGCUGGCCCUUCAGCAAUGUCUGCUGGAGUGGGGGCUCCCACAAGGCCUGUCAGCUUUGUUGGAGCACCGUGGAAAGGCUGUGUUGGGAGGAUGUAGAGCUGAAACUACGCUGUGUCCCCUUGACUGUCCCCAUGGUGAGCAGCUCCAAUCCAGGGAGAGCAACAUGGAACUCAGAAAUAACAUUCAUCCCUGAUUUGAUGAUAAUGAAAAUACAGAAAAAAGACAAGCAGCCACCCAGCUUAAAAGUGCUGAGCCGCUCCCCAAUGUCGGAUGCCUCGGACACCUGGGAGUGCAAGGCGCAGGGCCCCUUGGCCGGCAGCGAGGAGCAGCAGACCCACAGGGCGACGGCCACAGAGGCAGGUGGGCAGUGCCUGUGCCCUGAGGAGCAGCCUGACGGGGCUCCGCUGCGGCGGCCAAGCGCCCAGAACGGGAUGCAGGACACUGGGGCUGUGGGCACGGGGGUGAAGAAGAAACGGAAGAAAAAGGAUUUGGGAGAGCAGGAAGGAGGAGAAAAAGCAACUGUGGAGGUGAAACCAAAGAGGAGAAGAGAGCCUAAAGAACCAAAAGAGCCUAAAAAGGCCAAGGAGCCCAAGAAGCAGAAGGAGCCCAAGCAGAGGGAGGUGACCAAGAAGCCCCGGAAACCUCGGGAACCCAAAGCUCCCAAGGAGCCUAAGGACAGGAAGAGCGGCUCUGAGCCUGGCCCCAGAACAAGGCCCAAGAAGAGCAGCAAGGAGCAGGGGCCCACCCCUGUAGAGAAGAAGAAGAAAGGGAAGAGGAAAAAUGAGAUCCCAGUGGACAGCUUGGAUUUGGAUCAGGAUCUUCUGAGCCCAUCAGUACAGAGCCCUGAGGAGUCUGCGGAGUCGGCUGACAGCCAGAAACGACGCUCUGGCCGGCAGGUGAAGAGGAGGAAGUACAAUGAGGACCUGGAUUUCAAGGUGGUGGAUGAUGAUGGCGAGACGAUAGCUGUGCUGGGAGCCGGGCGAACCUCUGCACUCUCUGCCUCCACUCUGGCAUGGCAGGCUGAGGAGCCUCCUGAGGAUGAUGCCAAUAUCAUUGAGAAGAUCCUUGCCUCAAGGAUGGUGCAGAAGGAGACUCAUCCUGGAGGCCUGACAUUCGAGAUGGAGGAGUUCUACGUCAAGUACAGGAACUUCUCCUACCUGCACUGUAAGUGGGCAACUCUGGAGGAGCUGGAGAAGGACCCCCGGAUAUCCCAGAAGAUAAAGCGCUUCCGAAACAAGCAGGCUCAGAUGAAGCAUAUUUUUACAGAGCCUGAUGAGGAUUUGUUUAACCCAGACUAUGUGGAGGUAGAUCGAAUUCUGGAGGUGGCUCACACGAAGGACCCUGACACCGGAGAGGAGGUGACUCACUACCUGGUGAAGUGGUGCUCGCUGCCCUAUGAGGAGAGCACCUGGGAGCUGGAGGAGGAUGUUGACCCAGGGAAGAUAAAAGAGUUUGAAGCCCUCCAAAUCCCUCCAGAAAUCAAGCACAUGGUAACGUACCCAGAGGAGCGCCCAGCAUCUGAGUCCUGGCAGAAACUGGAGAAGUCCCGAGAGUAUAAGAAUAGCAACCAGCUGCGGGAAUAUCAGCUGGAGGGAAUGAACUGGCUGCUCUUUAACUGGUAUAACAGGAAGAACUGCAUCCUGGCUGAUGAGAUGGGGCUGGGGAAGACAAUCCAGUCAAUCACCUUCCUCUCAGAAAUCUUCCUGAUGGGCAUCCAUGGCCCCUUCCUCAUCAUCGCUCCCCUCUCCACCAUCACUAACUGGGAGAGGGAGUUUCGCACCUGGACAGAGAUGAAUGCCAUCGUGUACCACGGCAGCCAGAUCAGCCGGCAGAUGAUCCAACAGUAUGAGAUGGUGUACAGGGACACACAGGGCAACCCUCUGCCUGGGAUCUUCAAGUUCCAGGUGGUUAUCACCACCUUUGAGAUGAUCCUUGCCGACUGCCCAGAGCUGAAGAAGAUCCAGUGGCGCUGUGUGGUCAUUGAUGAGGCGCAUCGCCUGAAGAACAGGAACUGCAAGCUGCUGGAGGGGCUGAAACUUAUGGCCCUGGAGCACAAGGUGCUGCUGACAGGAACCCCCCUGCAGAACUCAGUGGAGGAGCUCUUCAGCCUCUUGAAUUUCCUGGAGCCACAACAGUUUCCCUCAGAGACAGCCUUCCUGGAGGAGUUUGGGGACCUGAAGACAGAAGAGCAGGUGAAGAAGCUGCAAUCCAUCCUGAAGCCCAUGAUGCUGCGACGGCUGAAAGACGAUGUAGAGAAGAAUCUGGCACCCAAGCAGGAGACCAUCAUUGAGGUGGAGCUGACCAACAUCCAGAAGAAAUACUAUCGGGCCAUUUUGGAGAAGAACUUCUCCUUUCUGUCCAAGGGUGCCAACCAGCACAACAUGCCCAAUCUCAUCAACACCAUGAUGGAGCUGCGGAAGUGCUGCAAUCACCCGUAUCUCAUCAAUGGGGCAGAGGAGAAGAUCCUGGAAGACUUCCGUAAAACACACAGCCCGGAGGCUCCAGACUUCCAGCUGCAGGCAAUGAUCCAGGCAGCUGGAAAACUGGUGCUCAUCGACAAGCUGCUUCCCAAGCUGAUUGCUGGUGGGCACAAGGUGCUCAUCUUCUCCCAGAUGGUGCGCUGCCUUGACAUCCUGGAAGACUAUCUCAUUCAGAGGCGGUACACCUAUGAGCGAAUUGAUGGGCGGGUGCGUGGCAACCUGCGCCAAGCUGCCAUCGACCGCUUCUGCAAGCCUGACUCAGAUCGCUUUGUCUUCCUACUGUGCACGCGGGCGGGUGGACUGGGCAUCAACCUUACUGCUGCUGACACCUGCAUCAUCUUUGAUUCAGACUGGAACCCACAGAAUGACCUCCAGGCUCAAGCUCGCUGCCACCGGAUCGGGCAGAGCAAGGCAGUGAAGGUGUAUCGCCUCAUCACCAGGAACUCCUACGAGCGGGAGAUGUUCGACAAGGCCAGCCUGAAACUGGGCCUGGAUAAGGCUGUGCUGCAGGACAUCAACCGCAAGGGCGGCACCAAUGGGGUCCAGCAGCUCUCAAAGGUGGAGGUGGAGGACCUGCUGCGGAAAGGUGCCUAUGGUGCUCUCAUGGAUGAGGAGGAUGAAGGAUCCAAGUUCUGCGAGGAGGAUAUUGACCAGAUCCUGCAGCGCAGGACGCAGACCAUCACAAUCCAGUCCGAGGGGAAGGGCUCCACCUUUGCCAAGGCCAGCUUUGUAGCAUCAGGCAACAGAACUGACAUCUCCUUAGAUGACCCUAACUUCUGGCAAAAGUGGGCCAAAAUAGCAGAGCUUGAUACCGAUGCCAAGAAUGAAAAGGAGAGCUUGGUCAUCGACAGGCCCCGUGUGCGGAAGCAGACCAAACACUACAACUCCUUUGAGGAGGAUGAGCUGAUGGAGUUCUCUGAGCUGGACAGUGACUCGGAUGAGCGCCCCACUCGCUCACGGCGCUUCAAUGAGAAGACGCGGCGGUACCUGCGGGCUGAGUGCUUCCGUGUGGAGAAGAACCUGCUCAUAUUUGGCUGGGGACGAUGGAAAGAUAUCCUGACCCACGGGCGCUUCAAGUGGCACCUGAACGAGAAGGACAUGGAGAUGAUUUGUCGAGCACUGCUGGUUUAUUGUGUCAAGCACUACAAAGGGGAUGAGAAGAUAAAGAGUUUCAUCUGGGAUCUCAUCACACCAACGAAGGAUGGCCAGAACCAGGCACUGCAGAAUCACUCAGGUAGUUUGUCAGCACCAGUGCCCAGAGGCAGGAAGGGGAAGAAGACAAAGAACCAAAUGCUGCUUCCUGAGAUAAAGAACGCAGACUGGCUUGCUACAUGCAACCCUGAGGUGGUCCUGCAUGAUGACAGCUACAAGAAGCACCUCAAACAGCACUGCAACAAGGUUCUGCUGCGAGUGCGGAUGCUGUACUACCUGAAGGCUGAGGUGCUUGGGGAGGCCGCUGACAAGGCCUUUGAGGGCACUCCUGCCAGAGAGCUGGAUGUGCUGCUGCCAGACAUCGACUACGUGGAGAUCCCAGUGGACUGGUGGAAUGCUGAAGCUGAUAAAUCCUUGCUCAUCGGUGUCUUCAAGCACGGUUAUGAGAGGUACAAUGCCAUGCGGGCAGACCCGGCGCUGUGCUUCCUGGAGAAGGUGGGCAUGCCUGAUGAGAAGCUGCUUUCUGCAGAGCAGGGCAUCAGCGACGGGGCUCAAGACACUGCUGAAAGGGGCACCAUGGAAAAGGAAGAGAGCAAUGGAGAAAAGGUGGAGGGGCUGCCGAAGCAGGAGGACGUUGUGGCUGCUGGGGCAGGUGAAGCUGGUGAGAAGCGGGAUGAGCCAUCGGCAGCCCAGGAUGGCUCCGACUCAGACAGAUCCUGCUGGCCUGUCUCGUCUGCCCUCACAGCCAGGCUGCGGCGGCUCGUCACUGUCUACCAGCGCUGCAACCGCAAAGAGUUGCCUGCGCGCAGCGAGAUGCUGGUGCCUGGUAACCAUGGAUACUGGCUGCAAGAUGAGGUGUUCCGGAGAGCCUCUGAGAUGGACUCGGUGAACAAAGAGAUGCAGAGAAGGUGGACAAGGAGGGAGCAGGCAGAUUUUUACCGCACCGUCUCUUCCUUCGGGGUCAUCUAUGACCAGGAGAAAAAGACCUUUGACUGGACCCAGUUCCGAGCCAUCUCUCGUUUGGAGAAGAAAACAGAUGAGAGCUUAGAGAAGUACUUCUACAGCUUUGUAGCCAUGUGCAAGAAUGUCUGUGGUCUCCCACUGUGGAAAGAAGAUGGUCCCCCGGAUCCCGACAUCUACGUGGAGCCCAUCACGGAGGAGCGCGCUGCCAGAACCCUGUACCGCAUUGAGCUGCUGCGGAAGGUGCGCGAGCAGGUGCUGAGGUGUCCACAGCUGCACGAGCGGCUCAAGCUGUGCCGGCCCAGCCUCUACCUGCCCGUGUGGUGGGAGUGUGGCAAACACGACCGGGACCUGCUGAUCGGCACCGCCAAGCACGGCCUGAAUCGCACAGACUACUACAUCAUGAAUGACCCGCAGCUGUCUUUUUUAGAUGCGUACAGGAACUAUGCCCAGCAUAAAAGAACAGGGAUCCCAGGCUCGGAAUCUCUGUGCUGCCUGUACCAGACUAACUCCAAACUCUACAGUUCCCCUCUGUAUAGCCAGGUAGAUCGGACUUGUGAAUCCCUGGAGAAUGAGACCGAGAGUCAGAUCAAGCUGGAAAACACUGACAGCACCAUGUCCCAGGCCGGGGGCAGCCCUCCAGAUGCAAACUGUGAAACGUUCAUGUCUAAAGUCCGGGACAUCAUUUCCAGUAACUACGAUGAGAGCUCGCUGCCGGACUCGCUGAUGUGCAUGAUGUAUGACGAGAAGGUCUGCAACAGUGAGCAGAGCUCCCUUGCCCGAGACAGCCCGACCUGCACAGAUGUUGGAAGCAGCAUUGCUAAACUGUCUGAGGGCAAGCUAGAGGGGGACGAGGAUCCAUCCAGCUGUGACGCGGAGGCCAUGAGAGAGGCUUCCUUCCUGGAGGGUUUGCAGGUGGGCUGUGACCAAAUGGACUGUCAGAAUGAAGAAGCUGAGCCUUCACCUUCUACUCCUGAAAGUGACCCUUCACGGAGCGUCCCAGCAGAGCUCUGUGAGGCCGUGCAGCAGAAGAGAGACCUCAGCAGCCCUGCGCCGGUGCUGUCUGAGCACCGUGCCAUGGAAGGGGUCAUAAGUGUGGGGCUGUACAGUCCCAGCCUUCACAACUAUGACAUGAAGGUUCCUUCUGAGCAGAGGUUCAUUAAUCUGCUGCAGGAGAAAGGAAUGGAGGCAAAAGCAGGUCCAAGUCAGAGCCACAGUGAGGAAGAUGAGGAAGAAGAGGACGAUGAUAACUCAGAGGCAGCAGCAGAUGUUGCAGAAGGCUUGAGUGGUCCGAGGGCCAGGGCCAGUUGUGACGAACUGGGGGGUGAGGAGCAGAGCCUUGGCCUCCCCUCACAUGAGGACACUUGUCCUGAAGAUGUGAACAGUGAGAGAGGGUCCCUGGGGCUGGGGACGCUCGAAGUGCCCGCGGAGACUGGGCCGGAGGGCAGGGAAGACCACAGCCUGGAUGAGGAGAACACCCUGCAGCACUUGCCAGGCCAGUCUCAGAGCCGGCCUUUCAGCCUGCCUGCCCCUCCAUUGGGGGCUCUAGGGACACAGCCCCUCCAUGCUGGGGGAGAAGCCUGGGGCCAAGAGACCACGGGGCAGGCAGGCUGCAGGGAGGCCCUGCAUCCUGUGCCUCUGGGGGUGAAGCAAGAGGAGUGUGAGAUCAGAGAUGAGGAGGAGAAAACUGGCAGCAGCCAGAGUCAAGAUGGCCCAGAGAAAUAUUUGGAGGAAGAGAGCAAGAGUUCAGCUUCUGUCCUGCCUGGGGAGAUUGAUGACCUGCAGGAUGUCCGGGCACCAACCAUCGCCCAGCUGCUGCAGGAAAAGACGCUUUACUCCUUCUCUGAGUGGCCUAAGGAUCGUGUGAUCAUCAACCGCAUUGACAACAUCUGCCACGCCAUCCUGAAGGGCAAAUGGCCAUCCUCCAGCCAGCAGUUCGAGACCCAGAGUCUGCUGGCAGCCCCAGCCGUGGCCAGCAAUGCCGGCAGCAGGAACAGCUUUGCUGAGUCAGAAGCCCCCGAUCCCAGCUUCAACAAUGGAGUGUUAAUCUCACAGGUACAAAAGGAAGGCUUCCUGAACCCUGCUUUUGCAAAAGAUGAGCGGAAGCACAGGCGGCUGUAUGAAUUUGAGCUGGAGAGAGAUGCCAAGCAGAGGAGCUUGGAGCAGUUGGCAGCAGCCCAUGUUCAUCCUCCCAUUGUGCUGAACGGCUGGCGCGAUGCGGCUGUGGACCUGUCCAGAGCCUCUGAUGGAUCCCCAGGGAACUCCUCUCCUUUCCCUCUGAACGCAAACAUGCCCAAGCUGGGGACUGUCAACACCCUCCAGGGCUCCCUGGGCAUGGACUUGUCUGGCAUCUUGCAGGCAGGGUUAAUCCAUCCUGUCACAGGACAAAUUGUAAAUGGCAGCCUCCGAAGAGACGAUGCUGCCAUGAGGAGGAGACGGGGCAGGAGAAAAAAUGUAGAAGGGAUGGAUCUCAUCUUCCUGAAGGAGAGGCCUCUUCCAACCAGGCUGCAGGACAUUCAGGACGAUCAGCUGCAGCCACCCCAGAACAGCCCCCUCCCAGAUGGGCCGGCAGCUGCUACCUCAACUCCGCAGCCAGUCCCAGCUGCAGGCAGCCAGGCUGAGAAGGCUGUCCCCAACAAGAGUCUCCUCGACUGGCUCUGUCAGCAGUCCGACUACACGCUCGAUGUUCCCAGCUUCGGCACAAAUUUUUCAGACAAGCCCAAGCAGAGGAGGCAGCGCUGCAAGGACCCCAGCAAAUUGGACAUUAGUGCACUCACGGGCGAGGAGCGGGUGCCGGUGGUACAUAAGGGUACCGGACGGAGGUUAGGGGGAGCCACGGCACCAGCAUUGAAGGAAUUGCCAAGGUGGCUUGAUGCAAACUUGGAGUAUGCUGUUGCAGCUGACUGGGCUGACAUUGUUAAGCUUUCAGGCUACUUACCAGAAAGCAAAUUCAACCGUGUGCUGACUGAGCCGGUGCUGCGUGACGCGGGGCCGCGCCGCAGGGGGAGGCGGCCCAGAAGUGAGCUCAUCAAAGGCCCCGGCGUCGUAGCAGAUUCUUCUUCUGGAAUGGGACCAUUGUUCAUGAACGGACUGAUUGCCGGAAUGGACCUAGUGGGACUUCAGAACAUGAGAAACAUGCAAGGGAUCCCCCUGACCGGGCUGGUCGGCUUCCCUGCGGGCUUUGCGGCCGUGCCCGCUGGCGAGGACGUGAAGAGCACCCUGAGCAUGUUGCCCAUGAUGCUGCCAGGCAUGGCCACCGUGCCACAGAUGUUCGGCGUCGGAGGGCUUCUCAACCCACCCAUGGCAACGACUUGUACCGCCACCGCUCCGACUUCCUUAACAAGCACAACAAAAAGUGGUACAUCGAACGCAGAGAAAGCUACUGAGGAUAAACAGAGCAGCCAGGAUGCGAAAAAAGAAACUCUUUCUGAAGAUAAGCCCGGCCCUAGUUCGUUUUCUAAUCAGACAGAAUCCGCAAUAACUACCAGUAGUCCUGUAGCUUUUAACCCGUUUCUUAUCCCAGGGAUGUCACCCGGACUGAUCUAUCCGUCAAUGUUUCUCUCCCCUGGCAUUGGCAUGGCGCUGCCGGGCAUGCAGCAGGCCAGGCACGCGGAGGCAGCCAGCCUGGAGAGUCAGAAGCGGAAGAGAAAGAAAGCGAAAGGGGACGCAGUGAACCCAGAACCAGAAACUGUCUCGCUGCCCGAAAAAGAAGCUGCAAACGGUCAAAACUGUACAGAGCAAACACCGCCUUUGCCAGCAGAGAAAGAGCAGGAUGUACCAGCAGAGGAGGAGGUCAAAGAAGUUAAUGAUACCAAUUAGAACUUUUGUUUCAUUGAAAAAAAAAGAUUGUGGCUUGUAAGUUUCUUAUCCCAUACCUAUUUGUUACUUACCCUCCUGCCCCCACUCCACCUUCAUAAACCUGUGUUUCCAUGAGUAAUAUUAUCUACCUAACUCCCUGUCAGAAAACUAUGGUGACAUAUUAUAUGUUAAUAGUUGCAGGGUCUUGCCACUUUAUUAGAUAAACAGUGUUGUCUAGCUAGUGUGGGAGGCACAGAAUUCUCGUUCUGUUUUCCAGUCGUUCAUCCCGGCCGAGCAAAUCCAGUUCUUGGGCACCCCCCCAAACCGCUCACACAUUUGAGAAGAAAAGGAAGCAAAAACAGAGCAAAGCAAAGCUCUCACCUCUUGGUCUGCGCACUGACAGGGGUGGUUCUUUCUCCAGCGACACUGGGUGACAAAGCCUGUAUUUGGGGGUAAAAAGCACAGCUAUAGUAAGUGCUGAUGUGUAUUUUUGAUUUGAAGUAUUUCCCUAUUUUAUCAUGGUUACUAGAAUAGUAGUAUAGACAGAAGUAUAUACCUAAUGAUUGAAAAUGCAUAUAUUCAUUUCUUUGAAACAAAGAGACAUUACUGGUAGUGGUAUAAUUUCUCCAUCACCCCCACCUCAAAGGUUUGGAAACAAACGGCAGUGAGUGACAAUAUUACGUAGGCAUUCUUUUGUAUUUUUUCAAACCAAAGUUUGGUUUUACGUUAAGUGGAAUUUUCGUUGCCCUUUCCUCGAUAGUUAAGAGAGCUUUUCAGCCCGAGCUGAAAACGUUUUGCACAUCUUGCAUGACUUUUUGGGAUUCCUGUACCCAUCGCUACCAGUUCCCCCAUGGCCCCGCUAGAAUUCCGUUCUCAUCUACGGCGUUAGUCCUCAUCUAUGGCAUCAGGAGUGCUGUAAUGUUAUUUUUUCAGGCCACAAACAGACCACACUGAUUUUAAUGCUCUUUUAUGAACACUGAGGCUUUUUGAGUUGCUGUCCAUUGGGGUCCAUGUUCAGAUGCGGCGUCUGUCAGAGCAGGGGAGGCUGCAGGCUGUGCUGCUCUGAGGGCAGAAGGACCGCGGGAUCUCCAAAGCUCGAGUUUGUUCUUCCUUCCUAGUGGUAGACUGUGAAGAGAUCACGUUUGCUUCUUCUUUCCAUUCCUCUACGUGCUGUUGAACAGUAUUUCCACGUCCCCCCAUCGGCAAAUGAUUUUGACGUACGUGUUUUAAACAGACAGGUUUUAAUGCAGUCAGUGCCCGAAACUCUGUGUGUGUUGAGACACCUCCACAGGCAACUCCUUCGUUUCUCCUCCCCUUCACUCCUUUCGUUUCCCUUUCACUUGGGCUCGUUCUCAUUUGCAGCUCAUGGUUUGAGACUUGAAGUCAGCGCGGCGGGCGUUGGGAGCGUCAAGUCACCGGUCACACAUCUGGUUGUCACAAUUUACUGUAUUUUUUACUUAUUUUCUGUUACAGUUUUGCUAAUUUAUCGGAUGGUCCAAAUGUUUUGGCAUAACUAUUUCGGUUUGCAUUAUUUAUUUAUGAUGCUUUUUUUUUUUUUUUUUUUUUGUCAUUGUCUUUUAUACAUUUGGAAUGAUAAAUGGUGUACAUGUUGAAAUCAGCAUCUCAAAGAAGUCUGUUACCCACGAGCUGAAAAGUUCAUCCUUUCACGGACGUAUUCCCAGAUUCCUGGAUUGGGUGAUUUUUUAAAGUCUGUAACCGAUCACGAUGCAAACCCCCCCCAAUUAAAUGUCUUCUAUUUAAUAACUUCCUCGUAGCAUAGAUACUGUAUCGCUGUCGACAGAUUUCUUAGAAAUGCUGCUAUCUCUAUUUAACUAACAUUUUGUUCAGUUUUGCCUCCAGUGGAAGCAGAAAGGGUUUUCUCAGCUGUUAAAUCCAAAAUCGAUAUAAUUUAUUUAUGUAAAAAAAAAAUCACGAUUGAUAUAUUUUUGAACCUUUUAAGUACUAACUUUCUUUUUAUUCAGUAGAAGAACAUGUACUUGCCCUAAAUCCUUAAAAUACAAAUGCUAUAAAACUUCAUGUAUCUUCAAAGCCUUACUGUGACUGGAUGUAGACAUCUCUUCAGAGUCCAUUUCUCACACGGGAUGGUUUUUCCAGGGUUACACUCCUAAGGAACAGGGUUUUAAGUGGCGUUUAUUUAAUUAGCCGGCAUGCUCUAUACCUUGUUCUUAUUAUCAGACGUGUACGCUAAGUCUCUGGGUGUUUAGGCUUCUCUUUGACUGCUACUUUGUGACCCUUUUGCAACCCGAUAUACUCUGUGGAUUACUUAGGCUGUAAGGCAUUAAGUGGCUUCUUAUAAUUUUCCAUCCUAUCCAAAAGAAAUGCCAAAUUGUCGCCGGUUUCCAUGGAUACUCACACGAACAUCCAUCCUCCACCAAAUGUGCUAACAAAAUAAACGGUCUGUGCUCUUGGACAUGGAUAAAAAGAAAAAGAGAAAAAAAAAAAGAUUUAAAGGUCAGAUUUUUAUUUUUUUAAUUUAGUGACUAGAUGAUGCUUAUCUUUCAGACUUGGCAGAGCCUUGCUACAGAUGUAUAUAAUUUUUUUCAGCAAAUAUAUGUGAACGUUUAAUUCA